CCAGCUGCCUCCUAGCACUGCAGCUCCUGCAGCAGCAUGGGGACCUCCAGGAGCAGGCAGUUGGCACCCCGGCUCGCGCUGUGCUGUGCUGCGUGGGGAAUGGGCCUGGCAGCACCAGAUUAUGAUGAUUACUCUCAGAACAGCACCAGCGAGCAGAUAACAACGGCAGAGAUCACACCAUGCCCCCGAGCCAUCCCCGGCGAAAAGGCCACGAUAGACAACACGACAUACCUGCUGCUGCACGAGGCCGCUCGCUCCCAGCUGAGCAGUGGGGUCACAGUGCUGCUCAUCCCCUCCCUCUACAGCCUCGUCUUCCUGCUGGGGCUGCCCUCCAACGGGCUGGCCCUCUGGGUUUUGGCUACCAGAACUGAGAAGCUGACCUCCACCAUCUUCCUGAUGAACCUGGCUGCAGCAGACCUGCUGCUCAUAUCCGUGCUGCCUUUCAAGAUAAUCUACUACUUCCUUGGGAACAACUGGCCCUUUGGGGAAGGUCUGUGCCGGGUCACCACAGCUUUCUUCUAUGGGAACAUGUACUGCUCAGUGCUGCUGCUCACGUGCAUCAGUGUGGACCGGUACCUGGCAGUGGUGCAUCCUUUCUUCUCGCGCUCUUUCCGCACCCCUGCCUUCGCUGCCUGGACCUGUGCUGCUGUCUGGCUCUGCGCUGCUGUCAUCACUCUGCCCCUGACUCUGCAACAGCAGUCGUAUCCCCUGUACAGAGCCGACAUCACUCUGUGCCACGAUGUUCUCCCUAGGCAGGAGGAUGACGGCUAUUACUUCUACUACUUCGUCUGCCUCAUCACCUGCGCUUUCCUCGCUCCUCUGGUGGUGAUGCUGUUCAGCUACUGCUCAGUGCUGCAAGCCCUCCUGGGCAGUGGGAAGAGGUACUCCCACUCCAUGAAGCUCACCGCUCUCGUGCUGUUCACACUCGUGGCCUUCUACACUCCCAGCAACGUUCUCCUCCUCGUUCAUUACUCCAGCUAUCGGUGCAAGCUGUACGGCAGUUUGUACACCGGCUACAUGGUGAGCCUGGCCAUCAGCACCUGUAACAGCUGUGCUGACCCCUUUGUCUACUACUACGUAUCGGAAGAUUUCCGGGAGAAGGUGAGGAGCACGUUCUUCAAUUGCAGCAAACCUCCCUCCUUACAAACCUCCAAAGAAACACUUCCUCAGAAAAGCUCCAAGGAGUCACUGGUGUAAGUCUCCAUCCCAGCUCCCUGCCCCACGGCACUCCCAACUGUGGGGUGGGACAAAGCACUGGGACUUCACGAGUUUCAUCCAGAGCAGUGAGGAGCAGUUCCCAGCAGACAAGUCUCAGGAAGAAAGAACCACGUUCUUCUGUCUGCACAGCUAAGACCAAACAACAUGUGAGAUAUGGAGUGCUGAACACAUAUAGAUCUGUGAUUGGAACCCUGCAUGCAACUUCUCAUCUGGUUACACCUGCCAGGGAUGCUUCUGUUGUACACCCAGGUCUGCUUUUAAUGCGUGCUGUGAGCUGGCUGCUAUCUGCCUUCUAUUUCAUUUUUCUGGCUUCCUUGCUGUCCUUGAACCCAUAUUCUUUUUACCUAAAACUGAAGGAGAACAGGCACUUGCAUUACCAAAUUUCUAAACAUUUCAAAAAUAUCAGGAGGCACUUACAAAAAAGGCACCCAUUGUCUGAACUAAAAUGCUCUGCCCACAGAACACAGAGCACCAGCUUUUCUAGCUAUUACGUUCUUGGCUUAACCAAGAAUCACCACCCCAGUAAAGGCAGCCCACUGUCACUAAUGUAAAAACCCAAUUCCUUCAUCCCUGUUGAUGCUAAUGAUCUCUGGCACCCAAAACUUCUUAAGGCCAAGACUGUAUUCUGCCUCUUGAAGGAAAAUAUUAAAAAAGGAAUUGAGAAAACACUCAAGACUUUUUUUUUCCCUUUUUUCGCUUCAUAUCACACA